GUGUGUGAAGGCUACGCAGCAUGGCGAGCAAAGGGAACUGCCUUCGCUACGAGGGUUGCAACUUCUUCAGACAGAGGAUCGUUCUGUCUACUCUGAGUGGAAGGCCAGUAAAGAUCCAGGGCAUUCGAGUUAAAGACGAGAGCCCAGGAAUCAGGGAUUUUGAAGCAAGUUUCAUCAGACUAAUGGAUAAAAUAACAAACGGCACAAGGAUCGAGAUCAACGAAACUGGUACCUCUCUGUACUAUCAGCCCGGGCUUCUCUCUGGAGGAACCUUGGAGCAUGACUGCAAUAUACUGCGCUCUAUCGGCUAUUAUUUAGAAAGUCUCUUUUGCCUAGCUCCUUUUAUGAAGCACCCAUUGAAAAUCACCCUACGUGGAGUCACUAAUGAUCAAGUGGACCCCUCUGUCGACACACUGAAGGCUACAGCUAUUCCAUUAUUGAAAAGAUUUGGUAUAGAUGGUGAGCAUUUUGAGCUGAAGGUAUUAAAGAGAGGUAUGCCCCCAGGUGGAGGAGGGGAGGUAAUCUUCUCAUGUCCAGUAAGAAAGCUUUUAAGACCUGUUCAAUUGACCGAUCCUGGAAAAAUAAAACGCAUUAGAGGAGUAGCAUACUCCGUUAGAGUCUCUCCACAAAUUGGGAACAGAAUCGUAGAUGCAGCAAGGGGUGUUCUGAAUAGAUUCCUCCCAGAUAUUUACAUUCACACGGAUCACCUGAAAGGAGCCAAUUCAGGAAAGUCCCCAGGAUUUGGCUUGUCUCUUGUGGCGGAAACAACAGAGGGUUGCUUUCUCAGUGCUGAGCUUGCUUCCAACCCUCAGGGUGAAGGUAGCACAGUGCUUCCUGAGGAUUUGGGACGUAACUGUGCAAUGUUGCUGCUGGAGGAAAUUUACAGGGGUGGCUGUGUGGAUUCAGUGAAUCAGAGCCUGGUAUUGCUGCUCAUGACCCUUGGACAGCAAGAUGUUUCCAAAGUCCUGCUCGGACCUUUGUCCCCUUACACGAUUCAGUUUCUGCGCCAUUUACGGAGUUAUUUCCAGAUCAUGUUUAAAAUGGAAAGCAAGACCUUUGAAGAGCAGAAAGGGGCAGAGAAGGUGCUGUUGACCUGUGUCGGCGCCGGAUUUUCCAAUCUCAGCAAGCCUGUGAAAUAAAACUUGUUAGGCAGCUGCUUUUAUAUUAAAUAUACAUAGCCAGUGUAACUUUGGCAGCUUGAUGGCUGGAUCCCAUUGCUCAAAACAUCACACUAAAGGCUUUAUAUUGCGGAGCUGCAAACUGGCCUAUAUAGACAGCUGUCACUUGGGGGAUGAGGCUGCACUAACUACUGCCUUGUGAAAUGAACUUGACAGAGAUAAGGAAAUGCGUUUUAGCUUUUUCUUAAACCGGAUUCAAGACCAGUCAAUGUGACCUUUGCUUUUACAAUAAUGUUUAGUGCCAUUUUUAAAAUAAACAGUAUGACAAAACAAUAAAA